AACGCUUCGCUGGUGUGUCGGCGAAACGCCAGCCUUUGCGAGGGUUCUGCGUGUUACUGGCUGAAGUCGGCGGGGGAUAAUAAACACCCACAGCGGCUCCGCAAAACGCGCGGCGUCUCGGUGUAACGGUCAGACAAAAGUCCGCACCCGGGGGUUUGCCAGUUAUUUCCCACGCACGAUGUGUAAUUCGGUGACUUCCGCCACUUACAUUCGCAACCUCAGUUACAGUCUGCGUCGCAAGCUGUCCGAUUUUCUGGACCCUCAAGACACUUGGAAAGAUGUCAUUGUCUCGAUAAGAAAGCCGAGUGGGGAGGCAAGGUACUCUCAGCAUCAUGUGAGGAGAUUUGAAGGCCUUGUUGCACAGGGGAGAAGUCCCACGGUGGAGCUGCUGAAUGACUGGGGGACCUCCAACAGCACAGUGGGUGAACUUGUGGACAUUUUGAGGAGUCACAAGUUACUGGCCGCUGCAAGUGUGCUGCUCCCUGCACACACAGUGGAAGAGGCGAGCUCAGCAGAGGCACAGCCGGCCUCUCCAGCCGUAAACGCAGACAGUGCACUUCCAACCAGGCUACUGGAGGAGAGGGAGACACAGCCGCCGCCUGACAGCCCCAUUCCGCAGCCACAGAUUCUACAGGAGACCGGUGAACCAGGGCACACAGUAGACUUCUCCAGCUUCCUGUACAGUGAGCUGGUGGAGAUAACUGGCAACUUUGACGACCGUCCCAUGUCAGACGGCGGCAGCAGGCUUGGAGAGGGAGGCUUUGGGACGGUGUACAAAGGUCUCCUGAAUGACAAACCCGUUGCGGUUAAAAAGCUCAAUCAAAUGGACGACAUUGCAUCGGACGAGCUGCAAGUUCAGUUCUACCAAGAGAUCCGGACUCUGAAAGCGCUGAAACAUGAGAACCUGGUUGACAUGGUUGGAUUUUCGUGUGAUGGACAGCACCCAUGUUUGGUGUAUGCCUUCAUGGCCAACGGUUCUCUGCUAGACCGACUAGCCUGCUGGGAAGACAGUCCUCCACUGUCCUGGCGACAGAGAUGCUUGAUAGCUGAAGGGACAGCAAGAGGCCUGGAGUAUCUGCACUGCAACCAUCAUGUCCACAGAGAUGUUAAAAGUGCAAACAUCCUGUUGGAUGAAAAAUUUGUGGCAAAGAUCUCAGACUUUGGGCUGACGAGAGCAUCGGCCAAACGGACAUCAACGACCAUGAUGACGGAGAGGAUCGUGGGUACCCGUGCGUACAUGGCGCCCGAGGCCCUCAGAGGAGAGAUCACACCAAAGUCUGAUGUCUUCAGCUUUGGAGUGGUGUUGCUAGAAAUACUGUCUGGACUCCCGCCAGCCAGUGAAAACCGGGAGCCACAGUUCUUGAUGGAGGUUAGGUACGAUAUAGAUGACGAAGACGAGGAGCUGACUCUGGAGGACUUUCUGGACAAAAAAAUGAAAGACUGGGAGCUGAGCCAGGUGGAGACUACCUACUCUUUGGCUUGUAACUGUCUCCAUGAUCGGAAAAACAGGCGGCCAGUCAUCAAACAGGUCCUGUCCGAGCUUAAAGGGGUGGUCAAAAGCAUAUCGCUGGAUUUUCAGCUGUAGCAUCUUAGAGAAGAUACGGGAUAUCUGAGCCGGCUCCAAUCAGUGCACAGACUGAUAAUUACUGUACAUUUCCUUCUCAACAGUUGUAUAUAAAUGAAUGUUGCUUGUUGUCUGUGACAAAGAAGAAUUUUUGUAUCAGUAUCUUUUUCUAUAAUAAUUAAUAGAAUUUGUUUUUACUUUAUUUUAAAUAAUUCACUAUAUUUUUGGUAAGAAGCAUAUAGCUAAGUUUUUACAGUUGUAACAGUUACAGAAGUACUGCAGUAUACUGAAAUAUAAUUAAGCAUUUUGUGAGGCUGUUACGUAAUAAGGUUUGAUGGCUUAGUAUCUUGAAAAGGCAGAAAACAAUUUUUCUUAAUAUUGCUUUUCUCGUGCAUUUAUUGUGAAGACAGUAAAAGGAAAACAAUGAAUGAAACAAAAUGUGUGAUUUAAAUAUUUUUAUUUUUCUUCUUUUAAAAGAAAGAUUUGUAAGA